AUGGGCGACGCGUCAAUCCUUCACAUGCCGACCACCCUCAUAUUUGGGGGCUAUGGCAAAACCGCCCGUCAAUUGACAAAAAUCCUUCUGGACGCCGAUACCCCGCACACCGUUUUCAGCGUCAUCCGCAAUCCGGAACAGGUUCCGGACUUGGAAGCCAUCGGCGCAAAGCCAAUUGUACAGGACAUAUCCACCGCCUCCGAGGUCGACUUUAUCAAAAUCAUUGAGGGCACCCGGCCCGACGUCGUUGUGUGGGCUGCUGGCGGCAAGGACCCCAAAUCCGCAGAGGCCGUCGACCGGGAUGGAGCCAUUCGCGCCAUGGAUGCCCUGGCCAAAGCCAACGUCGUCACAAAACGCUACAUCGUCGUCAGCGCCCUGGACGUCCGCGACCGAGACAGCAAGCCCGUUCCGGACUGGUAUACCGACGCCGAUGAGAAGCUCAGCGACCGCAUGUGGGGUAUCAUCGGUCCCAUUCUCCGAGCUAAGCUAGCAGCCGACACGGAGUUGAGGGUGGGGAAUGCGGCUCGCAAGCUCAACUACACCAUCGUGAGACCUGGUGGCCUGUCCGAGGGACCUAGCACCGGAAAAGCGAGAGCAGGAAAGGUGGGCACCGUCGGCAUGAUUCCCAGGGAAGAUGUCGCCAAGGUCAUAUACGCAGCGAUCCAGAAUGAAAAGACCUACGGACUGGCGUUUGAUGUAUUGGGUCCCAAAGAAGACAGCCCGACAAUUCGAGAAGCUGUCUCGCAAGUGGCCAAACAUCAUGAAGAUACUUUUGAGGGAUACUAUUAA